AAUUGAACGUUAUCACUUUUAAAUUUGAAGCUUAUUGAGCAAUUCAUGAUAGUAUUUCAUGUAGGCUUGCAUGCCUGCAAAAGUGGCCAGUGAAAAAGUUUUAGCAAUGGUGGUUGUUUACCGUUGGAGUUAGUUCCGGAAAGGGUCUUUGUGAUAAAAAUCCAUGAGGAAGCACGUUUCUAGGGCAGUGGCAAGAAAAAAUUAAAAUUUGUGUGUGUAGUCUUGAAGGAGGAGUGUUUAAAUAUAGCAUUAGUGGAAGAAAAAAGCAGCAGUUUCAAAUCGUUGAUCCGUUCUCCCGGAUUGAGGAAUUAUUCCAAUUAUUUCGCAUAUUUUCCAGGUAAUUCAGAGAUCAGGGAAUCUAUUCCAUAAGAACAGGGAAUUGGCUAACAGGAGAAAUUGUCAUUUACUUUAGGUGAGCCAAAAUUCUCAACACUUGGUCCUUCUUCGUAUAGAAGGCAGAUUGAUCUUCGGGACCAGCACCAUGCCAAACAAAGGAUACAGCAAACGCAACUACAAGGGACAGCUCACGAUUGUGAAGAAUGUCAUCGAGAAAUACCAUAUAACUCCUGGGAAGUUGAAUGAACAGGGAGCUGAGGUCGAGCUGCUGGCCACCAGAGACACUCUUGAGCGCAUUGAAAAGAAAUUUCAAGCUUUACAGUCUGAGAUAAUCAAUGAAGCCCCACCGGAGACUAAGACGAAAGAACAGGAUGAAUUAUCAGCCUUUCUAGAUGAAUGCCUUGAGGUUGAAAUGACCAUCAGUACACUUUUGGCAAAAUUAACCUCAAAAUCUUCAGAGUCUACAGGCUUGAAUAUCAGUGGGGAACUUGGUGAAUCAGGCAAUGCCAGCAUUGCUUCUCUUGUUUCAUUGAUGACUCAACAGAUGAAGGAGCAAAGGCAGCAAAGAAUUAGUGAGGAGGUAAAGCUCAAAGAAAUUUUAUCUGCGCAAAGGGAGGAGUUUCAAAGAAUGUUGGAGAUAUCCAGAAGUGACUCAAUUACCAACAGAGAAGAAGAUGGUGCCAGACACAAUUCCACAGCAGAGCGUAGAGCCAAAUUGGAGCCCAUAAAGCUCCCCAUGUUCAGUGGAUCCUACGCUGAUUGGCACUCAUUUAAAAAUCUCUUCAUAUCCAGUGUGGGAAAUGACAGGACCUUGUCCAAAUCACAAAAAAUGCACUACUUACUCACGUCUACCAGCGGAGAUGCGUAUGGGCUUUUCAAAAACCUUGAGAUAACGGACUCAAAUUUCGACAUCGCUUGGGAAAGACUGGUAAAGCGCUAUGAGGACAAGAUGAUGAUCAUCACUUCACAUUUUGAGAGAUUCUUGAAGCAACCACAGAUCACCAAACCUGAUGCAGUAGCUCUGAGACAGCUUCAGGCAUCAACAACGCAGUGCUUGGAGGCAAUUGAUGCUUUAAAUGUCAACGAAAGGGAUCCUUGGUUAAUCCACCUGACCUUGAAGCACCUUGACUCCCAGACACAAGAAGCUUGGAGUGAAAAGCAGCCAGAUGGUGUUCCGACGUGGAAAGAUUUCGAUGACUUCCUCAACAAGAGAUGCCGUCAGCUCGAGUCGUGCCCACCUACCGUGCCUAAUCAACAACAACAAUCGCGCAGUAAGUCAAAUAAGGCGUUCACUUGUGUUGUAAGCAAUAAAAAAGAAAAUUGUCAGUAUUGCAAAAAGAAUCCUCAUAGGCUUUAUAAGUGUAGGAAGUUUUUGGGUUUGCCUCACAAAGAUAGGGUAGAAGUUGUUAAGAGCCUUAAGCUUUGCUUAAAUUGUUUGAUAGAUUCUCAUUCAAUUGAUUCAUGUAACUAUCAGGCGUGCAAAGAAUGCUCGCAAAAACAUAAUCACCUUUUGCAUAUUGCUUUUUCAAAUGAAAAAUCAAGGUCUCAGUCAGUUGCCAUUACCACUCAGCAAGAGAGUACCACAAAUCCCUUACCUCUUGUAUUGCCAAGAAAUUCCUCUUCCACCGGUACUUCCCUAAGUAUUUCUGGAGCUGAUGGGGGAGUGAAGACUAAGGUUUUGUUUGCAACUGCGAUCGUUUCUCUCUUGGGUCCUGACAAUAUUUCACUGAAGUGCCGAGUAGUACUCGAUCCCGCCUCCCAAAUUAAUAUUAUAACGUCACGCAUGUGCCAACGUUUAAGUUUGAAGCCAAGACGAAGUAAUCUUGUGGUAGAUGGGGUUGGAUCCAUAUCUCAGGCCAGUCAGCAUGAAGUUGAAAUAAAAAUGCGAUACCAGAGGGGUCUCGAGUUCAUAACUGAGUCACUUGAUUGUAUUGUCAUGCCCAAAGUUGUGGGAGAUCAGCCUAACUGGGAGGUGGACUUAUCACAAAUUCCCUUACCCCCAAAUCUUAAAUUGGCCGAUCCCUCUUGGCAUGUCAGUCAAAAAAUUGAUCUCCUCAUUGGCGGUGCCCAUGUUUGGCAAUAUUUCUUGAAUGAACGCCAGGAAUUAGGUGAGGGAAUGCCCAUUCUUCAGUCAAGCGUGUUCGGAUGGUUGGUUGUAGGACCAUGUCCCGAAGAGAGGGGGCCCACUGGAGCUUGUUACAUAACCACUCUCGCCAGCAUUGACCGGACAAUUAAACGAUUUUGGGAGAUUGAGGAGAUCCCUAAGGAGACAAUUAUUGAAUCUGAACAUCGCGAAGUUGAGGAGCAGUUUCGUUUGACUACUCAUAAAAAUUCAGAGGGUCGAUAUGUUGUUCAAAUUCCCCUGAAACCAAAUAUUGAAGAUCUCGCUGAUAAUAAAUUGAUUGCCACUCGUCAGUUAAACUAUCUCUUGUCCAGAUUGCCAAGGCAUCCAAGACUCUUUGCAGAAUAUGAUACCAUAUUUAAAGAGUACUUGUCACAAGGCAUCAUUGAAAGGGUUCCGCUGACUGAGUUGUCAAAUCCUUCCUAUUACCUUCCUCAUCACGCUGUGGUCAAGGAGAAUGCAGUUUCUACAAAAACUCGAAUUGUAUUCAAUGCAAGUUCUAGGACAAAGACUGGAUUAAGUUUCAAUGACUGCAUUAAAGCUUGCCCUGUAGUGCAACCUACUCUGAUUUCCAUUCUGUGGAGAUUCCGCCUGAAUGAGAUAACACUUACAUGUGAUAUAAAACAGAUGUACCUCCAGGUUGCAUUACAUUCUCCUCAUAAAGACUACCACCGAUUUUUGUGGAGGGAAGGCAGUGAGGUAAUUUAUUAUCGGUUCACGAGGGUGUGCUUCGGAGUGGCUGCAUCCCCAUUUUUGGCCACCCGGGUGUUGAAUAAGAUAGCUGAAGAUGAGAGUCAAACGUACCCCCUUGCCGCGUCAGUUUUGCGUCACAACUUUUAUGUUGAUGACUGCUUGGUUUCAGUGUCAACGGUUCAGGAGGCUUUAACAGUCAAAGAACAACUGACUGGCAUCUUGAGAACUGCUGGAAUGGAAUUAUCCAAAUUCAGAAGCAACCGUCCACAAAUUCUUGCGAACAAUGAUCACAAUGCAGAUGAUUCUGACCUUAUACUGGAUGAAGAGUCAAAAACGCUGGGUAUCAUUUGGAAUCCACGGGAAGAUGAAUUCAAGUUCCGAGUAGCAGAAGAUUUACAGUCCACUCCUGUCACUAAGAGAAACAUACUCUCAAAGAUAGCUCGGAUUUUUGACCCAUGUGGUCUGAUUGCCCCAUUAGUGACGUCAGCCAAAGUGAUUAUGCAAGUUUUGUGGAGAAAAGGGCUUGAAUGGGAUGAUGAGGUUCCGGAAUGUCUGGAUAGACAAUGGAAAGCUUUCGUGGGAGAUUUGAAAAAUGUUGACGACUUAUGCAUUCCUAGAUGGAUUUGUGCGGUAGAAAAUCCAGUGAAGAAGGAGCUUCACGCGUUUUCCGAUGCAAGCAAUCUCGCAUAUGGAGCAGCAGUGUACUUGAUAUAUGAAGACAGUAACCAAAGGCGUUGUUCUGGUUUAGUGAGUGCAAAAUCGAGGUUGAAUCCCAUUAGUUCAAAGGAUGAUCAUGCACAAUCACUUACCAUUCCAAAAGCUGAACUCAGUGGUGCUGAGUUAGCCGUACAACUGAUGUCUGCCGUAGGUGAGUCGUUGGGCAUACAGGAGAGAUAUUACUGGACAGAUGCCAAAGUUGUUCUCUACCAGAUUCACUCCAAAGCUCAUCGAGACGUUUUUGUUCGAAAUCGUGUCAUGAAAAUUCGCUCAUUUUCCACACCUUCACAAUGGAGGCAUGUGCCAACGAAGCAAAAUCCAGCUGAUGUGCUUUCCAGGGGAUGCAAAGUCUUGAAUCUUAUAUCGAACUCUCUCUGGUGGCAUGGUCCUAGUUGGCUGCAGGAAGAUAGUAGUCAAUGGCCUCCAGAAUUUUCUCCAGAAGAACAGCCUGCGCCUUCAGUUUGUACUGCAGUGCUUGAUUCUAGGACUGAUCCAAAUGCCAUCUAUAAUCAUCUCAUAGAGCAUUGCAGUUCAUUCAUCAAAGCCACCAGAGUUGUUGCAUGGGUUUCCAGAGCAGCAACCAAGUUCAAGCAACCACGAAGAAGAGUCACAAGAAGUUCUGCAAAUGCAGAUGAGUCUUUUCCAUUUCUGACGGUGACAGAAUUACAAGUGGCUGAAAAAUUCCUGAUCAAGUGGGAACAAGAGAACCAUUUGAAGACAACCUUAGAGAAAAUCCAGUCGAAUCGCAGAAACAAGGUUGAUAGAUACCUGCGAACACUUUACCCUUUUGUGGACAUUGAUGGCAUUUUGCGAGUUGGGGGAAGAAUUGAUUCCGCUCAUGAGGAUUAUGAUGCCAAAUUCCAAAUCAUUCUCCCUCACGGGAAACUGGCCGAGUGGAUUGCUGAAGCAGAGCAUGUGAGACUCCUUCACUCUGGACCUCAGGAAACUCUUUCAUCAAUUCGAAGAAGAUUCUGGCCUGUCAAGGGGAGAAGUUUGGUUCGAAGGGUAGUGCACAAAUGUGUAGUUUGUAUUCGAGCGAAACCGAAGAUGUCAGAACAACUGAUGGGAUCUCUUCCAGAGUACAGAGUUACUCUCACUAGACCCUUUUUGCACACAGGAGUUGACUUGACUGGCCAUGUUUUAAUCAAAAGAGCCCCAAGAGGAUCUGCCCAAGAAAAAGCCUAUGUUUGCAUAUUCAUAUGCAUGUGCACAAAAGCUGUUCAUUUGGAGGUUCUCACCUCGCUUUCAACGAAGGCUUUUAUCAGUGCAUUUCGAAGGUUUAUUGCGAGACGUGGCAUGCCAUCACACAUGCACAGCGACAAUGGCACCAAUUUUGUGGGGGCAUCGAAAGAACUCUAUCAGCUUCUGAAAGAACAUGCCACUCAGCAAGAAUUGUCUGAUUUGUCAUCAAGUCUUCACAUUCAAUGGCUGUUCAACCCUCCUCUAGCUCCCCACCAAGGCGGAUUAUGGGAAGCCGCAGUGAGAAGUUUUAAGCAUCAUUUCGUGCGAGUGGUAGGGCGAGCAAUAUUGACGUAUGAGGAACUAAAUACUGUUGUGAUACAGAUUGAGGCAGUGUUAAACAGCAGGCCACUGGUGGCAGUGACUGAUCAUCCAGGAGACUACAAAUGUCUUACCCCUGGAGAUUUUUUGAUUGGCCAUGCUCCAACCCAAUUGCCAAUCGGACCAGAUGAUCCUGAACAAAUAGACACUUUGAGGCGUUGGCAACUUUGCACCAAACUGAGGAAUGAUUUUGUGCGACGUUGGAAAGUCGAGUACUUACAUUCGUUACAACAACGCCAUUUAUGGAACCAAGAGAGCCCCAACAUUGCCAUAGGAGAUGUAGUAUUGCUAAAGUCGGAGUCUGCAGCAAAUGUUGAGUGGCCUAUGGGCCUUGUCGAAAGUGUACUACCAGGAAGGGGUCAGAAAGUUAGGGUGGUGGUGGUAAGAGUGAAUGGCAAAUCCUUGAAACGACCUAUUACGAAGUUAGUGAAACUUUUAAUCGAAGAAAAGCAAUAA